AUGGAUGGGGCGCACGUGUGCACUUACUGCGUCUACGCGGCAAUCCAGGAGGAGGUGGAGGAGGAGGAGGAGCGUGGACAGGAGCGUUUUAUGUUCACCCACGUAUUCAUGCCCAGGAUCACCCUAACUGUUUCAGAAAUAGACACCGCGCUCAAAGUGGAGCAACGAGCCAAUGAGAUGGAGCUUCGUUUCUACCAACUGAGGACAUUCGAGAAGAACAGGAUGGACGUCUUCCACAAUGGGAUCAAAAGCCAACCGACUUCAUGUUUGAUGACACCUGACACCUCUCUGACAACUGGCCUCAUCACUGACACCGACCUAUUACCGAUAAAGGCGGUUUUGGGCAAAUCCGACUGCCAUGCAGACGCGACAGUGCUGGCGUCAUGUCGGUCUGAUAGAACGGAACGGGACUACUCAUACCGACAUGGGGCAUCGUUUGGUUCCAUCUGA